AUACCCGGCCGGGUACGGGUAGCCGGGUAUCCGUUUGCGACUCUGGUGCGGCCGGGUACGGGUUAGGCCAUGAGUCACUGGUGAGUCACCGUUUGUCACUCAUUUCCCAACGUCUUGUCUCUUCUCACAAUUCAAGUUCCUAGAAUCAACCCACCCGCGCCUGCAACAUGGCUUCAUCCCAGAGGUCGCAAUCGGGUACCAGAUACCCGUACCCUACCCGUACCAGGGUGGGUACGGGUAGGGUACGGGUGCGGCCGGGUACGGGUACGGGUAAGGAAUCAAAACCCGUUUGUGACCUCUGACCCCGGCGCAGUUCUCCAACCGCCAUGUACGAGGCGGCGCUGCUUGACGGCGGCACAGAGCCGCUGACGCACGAGUCCUGCGAGAGGGUCGUCGUCAACGUGUCGGGGCUGCGAUUCGAGACGCGGCUCAAGACACUCGGCCAGUUCCCGGACACCCUUCUAGGCGACCCCGGCAAGAGGUCGCGCUACCACGACCCCCUGCGCAACGAGUACUUCUUCGACAGGAACCGGUCGAGUUUCGACGCCAUCCUCCACUACUACCAGUCCGGCGGGCGGCUGAGACGCCCACUCAACGUCUCCCUCGAAGUGUUCGGCGAGGAGAUCGAGUUCUACGAGCUCGGCAUCGAGGCCGUGGUCAAGUUCUGGGAAGACGAGGGCUUCAUCGGAGAGGAGGAGGUGGAGGAGGAGGAGCCGCUGCCAUCGGACGAGUUCCAGCGGCGGGUGUGGCUGCUGUUCGAAUACCCCGAGAGCUCCAUCGCGGCCAGGGGAAUUGCCACCGUGUCCGUGCUGGUCAUCCUCAUCUCCAUCAUCAUAUUCUGCCUCGAGACUCUGCCUGAACUCAGGGACGAGAAUAAGCAGAAGUUUCUCCCGGCAAAGGACAUGAACGGGACGCGGGUCGACGGCACGCAUCGCGGCUCUGUCCCCGAUCCAUUUUUUAUCGUGGAAACUAUUUGCAUCGUUUGGUUUUCCUUUGAACUGCUGGUGAGGUUUUUUGCGUGCCCCAACAAACUGGGAUUUUUCAAAAGCAUCAUGAACAUCAUUGACAUCGUGGCCAUCCUGCCCUACUUCAUCACCCUUGGCAUCGAGAUGGCCAAGCCCCAAGGGCAUGACCAGCAGGCCACGUCACUGGCGAUUUUGCGGAUGACCCGGCUGGUGCGAGUGUUCCGGAUACUCAAGCUGUCCAGGCACUCCAGGGGCUUGAAGAUCCUGGGCCAGACUUUGCAGGCGAGCGCGAGCGAGCUGGGCCUGCUCGUAUUUUUCCUCGUCAUCGGCGUCAUCCUCUUCUCCAGCGCCGUCUACUUUGCCGAGGCCGACCAACUAAACUCGGAGUUCCGAAGCAUCCCCGACACCUUCUGGUGGGCCAUCGUAACCAUGACGACGGUGGGUUACGGCGACAUGUGUCCCGUGACGGCGUGGGGCAAGGCGGUGGGCUCGCUGUGCGCCAUCGCCGGCAUGCUCACCAUCGCCCUCCCCGUGCCCGUCAUCGUCUCCAACUUCAACUACUUUUACCGCCGCGAGACGGGCGGUGAGGAGCGCGCCAGCCGCCUGCGUCUCUCAAGCCGCUUGCAGCAGCAGCAGCAGGUGGAGGAGAGAAGAAAUAGCGGAACGUCCACGAGCAUCUCCACAUACGUGGAGAUGCGCGACGAUCUGAGCAGCGACGUUGACUUCGAGGUGAAGAUGCACCUCAAGCGCGACAAACACAACGGCAUCGACAGAGACGUCCGAUGCUCCGCCUUGCAAGUCGUCACGAAAUGCCUCGAGCUGCGACUCCCCCUCUGAAUGUCCGCGUGGAGUCUCGCGACCUGCUGACGCAACUCCGCU